GCUCUGGCGGCUGCUGGGGACGUAACAGUGCGGGUCGCGGGCUUGGAGAACUUCCGAGGUGGUGGUGGCGCUGGCGCAGACGACGACAGCAGGAGCGGAUCCUGGGUCUGUGGCUCACCAUGCCGACGGUGGAGGAGCUUUACCGCAACUAUGGCAUCUUAGCUGAUGCCACGGAGCAAGUGGGCCAGCAUAAAGAUUCCUAUCAGGUGAUACUGGAUGGUGUGAAAGGCGGUACCAAGGAAAAAAGAUUAGCGGCUCAGUUUAUUCCAAAAUUCUUUAAGCAUUUUCCAGAAUUGGCUGAUUCUGCUAUCAACGCACAGUUAGACCUCUGUGAGGAUGAAGAUGUAUCAAUCCGACGUCAAGCAAUUAAAGAGCUGCCCCAGUUUGCCACUGGAGAAAACCUUCCCCGAGUGGCCGACAUACUAACCCAGCUUUUGCAGACAGAUGACUCUGCAGAAUUUAACUUAGUGAACAACGCUCUGUUAAGUAUAUUUAAGAUGGAUGCAAAAGGGACUUUAGGAGGCUUGUUCAGCCAAAUACUUCAAGGAGAAGACAUUGUUAGAGAACGAGCAAUCAAAUUUCUUUCUACAAAACUUAAGACUUUGCCAGAUGAAGUUUUAACAAAAGAAGUAGAGGAGCUUAUAUUAACUGAAUCCAAAAAGGUCCUAGAAGAUGUGACAGGUGAAGAAUUUGUUCUGUUCAUGAAGAUACUAUCUGGGUUAAAAAGCUUACAGACAGUGAGUGGAAGACAGCAACUUGUAGAGUUGGUGGCUGAGCAGGCUGACCUGGAACAGACCUUCAAUCCCUCGGAUCCGGACUGCGUGGACAGGCUCUUACAGUGCACUCGGCAGGCGGUGCCCCUCUUCUCUAAAAAUGUUCAUUCCACAAGGUUUGUGACUUAUUUCUGUGAGCAGGUUCUUCCGAACCUAAGUUCCUUGACUACCCCAGUGGAGGGUCUUGAUAUACAGUUGGAGGUAUUGAAAUUGUUGGCGGAGAUGAGCUCAUUUUGUGGUGACAUGGAAAAGCUAGAAACAAAUUUAAGGAAACUAUUUGAUAAGUUAUUGGAGUACAUGCCUCUCCCCCCAGAAGAAGCAGAAAAUGGGGAGAAUGCUGGAAAUGAAGAACCUAAGCUGCAGUUCAGUUAUGUGGAAUGUUUAUUGUAUAGCUUUCACCAGUUGGGCCGAAAACUUCCAGAUUUCUUAACAGCCAAACUGAAUGCAGAAAAGCUCAAAGAUUUCAAAAUCAGGCUGCAGUACUUUGCAAGGGGCCUGCAGGUUUAUAUCAGACAACUCCGCUUGGCUCUCCAGGGGAAAACAGGAGAGGCCUUGAAGACAGAAGAGAACAAGAUUAAAGUUGUUGCAUUGAAAAUAACAAACAAUAUCAAUGUUUUAAUCAAGGAUCUCUUUCACAUUCCGCCUUCUUAUAAGAGCACAGUGACAUUAUCCUGGAAACCUGUACAGAAGGUUGAGUUGGGGCAGAAGAGAGCAAAUGAAGAUGCAACUUCAGGUUCGCCACCCAAGAAGCCUACGGCAGGACCAAAGAGGGACGCCAGACAAAUUUAUAAUCCUCCCAGCGGGAAAUAUAGCAGCAAUUUGGGCAACUUUAAUUAUGAGCAGAGAGGAGCCUUCAGGGGAAAUAGAGGUGGCCGAGGUUGGGGAGCCCGAGGAAAUCGUAGUCGGGGAAGACUCUACUGAGUAAGACCUCACACUCUUCAGCAUUGUCAUGAGCUCACUAUGCUUAAAUUCUACUGCUCGCUGGAUUGCCGGGGAUGUCCCUCUAAAAGGACUGCUGCCUUCAGCUAAAAAUUUAAUGUUCUUUAUACCUUUGUAUGUAUGAUCUACUUUUGUAACAGACCAUGGUUAUGUCCAAGGUAAAACCACAGCGAUAUUUUUGGAUGCUUUAUCAGCAAUCUUGACUUGUUUUUGCAAUAUCAUCAUUAUUCAGACUUCAUUUUGUACAUCUUUUACUUUAAACAUCUUGAUAAUUUGUUGAGAGCAAAAUGUAAUGAAAUUUGGUCUAUCGCUGAUAACUGGUAAAGAUCAUCAGUUUUGAAAGGUUACCCAUUUCCCUCUCGCCUCUGCCUUAUUUUAUUGCCCAGUAUGUGGAGAAGAGUAAUGGUCAAUCUCAACAUUUUAUUUUUGUUGUUUUUUAAUACAGUUGCUAGGCAACGGUGCAAGCAUUCUCACCUAGGGUAAUAGGAGCAAAAUACUUUUCAGCUUUCUUAAAAUGUAGAAGUGACGUUACAUUUUUAGGAGGAAGCAAGUUACUUUGCACUGUUUACAUAGCUCUUCUCCAUAUAUUGAUGUAAACUUUUGAAUAUGGAAUCUUACUAUUGAGAAUAGAAAUGUGUAUGUAUAAUAUACGUACAUAGCAUAUAUAUGUAAGUAUAUAUAUGCAUGCUGUGAAACUUGACUACACAACAUAAAUCAUUAUUUUAAAUUCCAGGGACGGGUAGUCUUUGACACAGUGAUUAUCCUUCUGAGACUGAAUCCAUUACUGACUUGUCAUCUCGAUGUUUUUCCCCCGGGAGUGAGGAAUUUUGAGUCAGUUGCACCUACAUGAUUACUGUUACUUAAAAAUAAACAGACUGCGUUUUCAGAGAUAAGUUGGGAGAUCCCUGUUGCUGAACUAUAGCCAAAAUACCAAAUCUGAUGUACAGACAGGCUUCUUCAGGAGGAGAUAGUAUCAUUUAGGAUUUGGGGAUUUAAUAACCAGGGCUACCCAGGAAAAGUGAUUUGAUAACAUGGUGUAGUAAUAAGAAAGGGAUGCUCUCUCAGUUUGUUUUUGCCACUUUUAAGAUUUUAACUUCUCAGGUUAUUAAUCAAAAUUAAUGUAUAAGUUAGCCAAUAGAAUCUUUAGGUUAAAACAGUAGACGGGGGGUUUGUGGAGUGUUUAAUGUCAUGGGCAUUUUCAGUAGCAUAGGCUCUUGCUCUGCAUUUGAAUGUUUGAUAUAUUUUCAUUCCACAGUUAAUCUUCCCUCUCCAAGUUUGCUAUUUAAAUCAAAUCCUGAAUGACAUUUUCUAGUAGGUGGAUGUAUUUUUUGAAGAAUAGGCUGUGAUUCCAACGCAGGUGUUUUCAUUACUGUUUAUUAAUGUGCUCUUAGUUACUUCUACAUUGGAGAAAAAGCAAAACCCCUUUGCUAGAAUUAACUGCACGUUUCUGGGAAAAUACGGCUAGAAUGAUACAACGAGCAAAGGAAGUUGGUCAGCUUUGGCUAUGGAGUGGUGGCAAUAAUCUCUAAACAUUCCAAAAGACUAUGAGCUGAACCUAAGCUUUCUUGGAAUCUGAACAGACAUAGGAACAUUCUGUUGCCACUUGAAAACUGUGACCAGCUAGUCUGGGCCUCAAAGGCAGAUCAGCCAGUGGCCUAAAGCCUUUUCAAGUAUAGAAACUGUAUUGGAAGUAUAGUCGUAAACAUUUGAACAGUAAUUUUCCUGUCUUUUUUUUUCCCCCCUUAAGUAUAUAUGUAAACUCAAAACUGAGCAGAAGUGACUUUGCUUUCUUAAGUUUAAUAUUGAGUUUGACUGUGUUCCUUCCCUCACUGUUGCCCUUCCCUAAAGCAAUAGUGCACAACUUAGGUUAUUUUGCUUGAAAAAUUUGAGUGAGAAACUUCAUGCCAUGGUUUUUUUUUUUUCCUUUUGCAAGAUACCUGUUUAUCACCUGUUCAAAUAUAAAUGUUCCCUUAUGCUUUUGAAAUAAAUUUCCUUUUGUAGUUUU